GGCGCGGGACCCGCCCUCCCCGGAGCGCCGAGCUCCAAGCUCCACCCGCGCCUGGUCCCAGCGCCCGCGGCGCCGCGUCCCCGGCCCAGCCAUGGCGUCCUCCGCGGCCGGCUGCGUGGUGAUCGUCGGCAGUGGAGUCAUUGGGCGAAGCUGGGCCAUGCUGUUUGCCAGUGGAGGCUUCCAGGUGAAACUCUAUGACAUUGAGCAACAGCAGAUAAGGAAUGCCCUGGAGAACAUCAGAAAGGAGAUGAAGUUGCUGGAGCAGGCAGGUGCUCUGAAAGGCUCCCUGAGUGCCGAAGAGCAACUGUCCCUCAUCAGUGGCUGCCCCAAUAUCCAAGAAGCAGUAGAGGGCGCCAUGCACAUUCAGGAGUGUGUUCCAGAAGACCUAGAACUGAAGAAGAAGAUUUUUGCUCAGUUAGAUUCCAUCGUGGAUGAUCGAGUGAUCUUAAGCAGUUCCACUUCUUGUCUCAUGCCUUCCAAGCUGUUUGCUGGCUUGGUCCAUGUAAAGCAAUGCAUCGUGGCUCAUCCUGUGAAUCCGCCGUACUACAUCCCGCUGGUUGAGCUGGUCCCCCACCCGGAGACGGCCCCUACGACGGUGGACAGAACCCACGCCCUGAUGAAGAAGAUUGGACAGUGCCCCAUGCGAGUCCAGAAGGAGGUGGCCGGCUUUGUUCUGAACCGCCUGCAGUAUGCAAUCAUCAGCGAGGCCUGGCGGCUGGUGGAGGAAGGAAUCGUGUCUCCUAGCGACCUGGACCUUGUCAUGUCAGAAGGAUUGGGCAUGCGAUAUGCGUUCAUUGGACCCCUGGAAACCAUGCAUCUCAAUGCAGAAGAGACAGUAGGAUAUAUAGGAGAUGAUGGCCAGCCCUGGUGUUUCACAGACGAGGCAGGGAUGCGAAACGCUGUGCACUGAGAUGUCAGUCCGUGCAGAGUGCGUGCACCGCAGGGCUCCGUGUGGUGCGUUCUGUUCUUCUGCUCGAAAGAAGAGAGGUGGGUGAUGUCACGGAAACUCCGCUGCGUGUCACCCAGCCUGGCAGAAGGGAAAGUGGUAGUUUCCUGAGGAAGAUGAUGACAUUAUUUCCAGAGGCAAGAAGAAAAAACAGGAGGCUGACUUAACCCUUAACCCGCAGGGACCUCUGCUGGAUGUAUCUUCUGCCCAAAUAUGAGCGAGGUUUUCUUCUAGAAGGCUAGGGGGCCCACAGUGAGGGCUUCCACAGGCUGGGAGCUGGGGAGGGGCCUGUGGGUGGGGCAGACCAGACACUGGCCAGAUGCCGCCUCCAGAAGGCUUGGGGGGAAUUAGGUCUGAGCCCAUUAUCUGUGAUCUGGUAACUCGAAAGGAAAGACGACUUGAGAAGGACAAGAAGCUUCCGAGAGUGAAACUCUGUCAACCAGAUUUUAAUUGAUCCAAAAAGAAGAUGUCAUUUGAUAACCAAUAAAACUUAUAGCACAUUAAAACGAAGUAAAUUUUAAAAACUAUGUAUAAAAUCUGGAGAGAGAUGUAACCUAGAUGUUAUUAUUGCCAGCUAUCUCUUGGUACUGAGAUUGUAAGUAACUGUUAGUAUCUUUUUGCUUGUCUGUGUUAUACAUUUCUACAGCUACUAUAGAUUAAUAGUAAUAUUACUAACUUGGAAAACGUAUAGAAAGAUAAAAGAACUAUUGUAUGCAGCUCCAUGGUCUGCAUUUAACAAAGGAUACUGAGAAGCUGGGGCUUAUCUAGAAAAAAGUGACCAGCUCUCUUGUAUGUCUCUCGGUCUGUAUCUUUUGUGGGGUGGAAGUGGAGUGAAAGACUGGAAAUGGCAAGCAGACAGACAGGUUUGGGCUCAGUACAUGGCAGGAAGAACUUUCUAGUAACAGGAGCUGAUGUCCAGGAAAGGUCCAUGCUUUAAGUGGGUAACUGAGCAGGGGGCUUGGUUGCCUGCCUGUGGGAGGUUUAGAAGUUGAGAGGAAGCUCCCUCCAUGAGAGGGGAGGUUAAGAGGUUGUGACCUCUCUCCGUCUGUUUGACUUCAGUUCUAUAGUUUCAGUAUUACAUUUUGGUAAUAGUUCAGUCAAUUUUCACAGUAGUUAAUGAAAUGUGCUGUCUGAUGAAUAAUUCAAGGCAGCUUUACUAGACCUGUUCCUGCACAUAGCAGGUGCACAGAUGAUUUCUGAAGUGGAUGGGCCGCGUGUCCUCUGCUUCAGUCCUGAUCAGAAUCAAGCUAAGAGGAGCUAAGAGGAGCGGAGGGAAGAGGGGAAUCUGCUCCAGCACUUGUGUGUUAGUUUUAUGGGAAGAUAACCACUGAAGAGAGGAAGAUAAUGUAGAGAAAGACGGCCUCAUGCAAUGAAACAAGAGUCUUGUUGUAUUAUUAACACAAAGUCUUAGAUCAUUUCAAACGGUGUUUUCAACCAGAACCUCAAAACUUGUGAGCGUAUGUAAGCAUUGGAAAUGUAUUUAGAUUUGUAUAUAUAUUUAAGCAUUUGAAAUGUAUAGAAAUUUAUACAUUUGAAAUGUAUAUAGACGCUGCCUGAUAACCACGGUGUUUUUCUUUCUUCUUUUUUCUUCUUGAGAAAAAUAAGAUAAUUGAGGUGUCAUAAUAAAUAGAUAGGGACAGAACUGAGAACAGCUUUGACUUUCAAACAAAUAGAAACAGAAGCCAAUGAAACCAGAAACUCAAGAAUCAAAUAGAGUGGCAGACAGGAAGGAGGCCCAUAACAAUUUUUCAAACAAAGCAGAUAUGAUAAGAAAACCUAAUUGGCUUCAUAUGAUAAUGGUGGACGGAUGUAGCUUUCAACUUCAGAGCAUUCCAAAGACCAGAGUUGGAGAGUUAUAAGAUCUGGCCGGGAACCCAUGGAGAUGUUCAUCAUUCUUCCCUGUGUCACCCAGAAUAUAUCAAGAUUGGAGUUGGGAGAAUUUUUCUUCUCUUCUGAUACUGUUUUCAUAAAGCCAGCAUCUCAGGUUAAGGAUAGUUAUUAGCCUGAAAAGCUACCAUUUAUCUAGAACUAGUGCAAAUAUUUUAGGAUUUAUUUUUAAUCUAAUGAAAUAGUGUCUGAGAAACAGGAGGCCAGCGCGCCAUUGCCUUUUGGCUCCUUUUACAAACAACACCCUUGAAGGACGCGCCCUCAGAAUGGUGGUUCUGGCCUGUGGAGCCAGUGGGCCAACUCCUUACCCUGGCUUUCCAGCCUACUGGCUGUAUAACCUUGGGCAAGUGACUUAAGUUCACUGCGUCUCAGUUUCCCCAUCUGUGAAAUGGGGACAACAGUAACUGCUUCCUCAGGGUGGUGUGAGAAUCGAACCAGAUGGAAGCUCUUAGCUGGAUUGCUGGCACCUAUUAAGUCCUUAAUAAAUGUUGUAUUCAAACAGA